UUUGAUAUGUGAUCCGAAGCCACUCCUCAAUGGUGAUUGUUUAGGGAGGCUCCAAGUGAGUGCUGCACCUCCUCACCCCCAGGCGGGCAGGCAGCACAAGGCAGGCGAGUUUGUUGGGUUGAGCAUGCGCGCUCCGGUGAUGGUGAGCCGCCUCCACUCAGCCGGCAAUGGCCCAUCUCCAUCUCCAUCUCCUCCCCUGCUUUGUGAUGGUCAUGCAGAUGCAGCAGGGGACUCGGACACAGUGGUGAUCCUGGCGUCCCUCCUCUGCGCCCUCAUCUGCGUGGCCGGGCUUGCCCUCGUCGCGCGGUGCACCUGCCGCAGACGCAACAGUGGUGGCGGCGGUGGCAGCAACAUCAACCCAACCGCCACGGAGGUACAGGCACCGAAGGGGCUGAAGAAGGCGGCGAUCGAGACGCUGCCCACGGUGUCGUUGCAAGCAGCAGCUGCCUCAAGAUCAGGAGGAGUUGGAGAGGAGAGGGAGUGCGCCAUCUGUCUGGUGGUGUUGGCUGAGGGAGAUGAGCUCCGGCUGCAGCCGCUUUGCGGCCACGGCUUCCAUGCUGCCUGCAUCGAUACCUGGCUGGGCGCCCACGCCAGCUGCCCCUCCUGCCGCGCCGCCGUCCUCACCUGCCGGAGGUGCGGGGCGGCCGCGGCCGCUGGGGACGCAACAACCUAGCGCCGUCGUCAUCUAUGUAUCUGUUCAUCAAGUACUAAUCUCAUCGUCUACUACAGACUACAGCAGCAGCAGUAUACAAUCAAUGAGAUGCAUCAUGGUACCAUGAAAUGAACUUUGGUCUCCAGCCAAA